AUGAGUUGCGGUCGUCUCCCGGAGGUGGGCGGGGCUUCCGUGCGUCGUGGGCGGGGCCUAUCUGCGUUAUGGGCGGACCUUCUAACGGGAGUGAGUUGUCUCUUGGAACAGUCCGCCUCCGCUUGUCCGCUCUCCGGCUGUCCUCCACCAUCAGCACACCCAGCCCAGACACAAACACCACGAUCAUCCAGGAUGUCCCGCGAGGAGCAGGCAGUGGCUCGAGCCAGAAAGGCGUUUGAAACGGGCCGGUCCAAAUGCCUGGACUACCGCAUUCUGCAGCUUGAAAGCCUCAAGCGCCUCUUUGUAGAGAAAGAAAAAGUGAUUGCGGACGCCAUGAAGAAAGACCUGAACAAGAGCGAAGUGGGCACCCAGUUGUUUGAGACGAUGGGCCUGGAGGGGGAGAUAAACAUGGCUGUCAAAAACCUGAAGUCUUGGGCUGCGCCUCGUCCCGUGGAGAAGAACCUGUUGACGAUUUCGGACACGGUUUACAUCCGCCCUGAGCCCCUGGGUGUGGUCCUUGUCAUUGGAGCCUGGAACUACCCCUGGGCCGUCACCAUCCAGCCCCUCAUCGGAGCCAUCGCAGCCGGAAAUGCGGCUGUGAUCAAGCCGUCUGAAGUGUGCGUCCACACCGCCAAAGUCAUGGAGGAUCUUCUGCCCGCGUACAUUGACAAAGAGCUGUAUCCGGUGGUGACUGGAGGAGUGGCGGAGACGCAGGAGUUGCUACGGCAGCGUUUCGAUCACAUUUUCUACACCGGGAACAGCGUGGUGGGCAAGAUCAUCAUGGAGGCCGCGGCGAAGCACCUCACGCCGGUCACGCUGGAGCUGGGAGGAAAGAGCCCCUGCUUCAUCGACAAGAGCUGUGACAUCACCAUCGCCUGCAGACGAGUGGCGUGGGGCAAAUACACAAACUGUGGACAGACCUGCAUCGCUCCAGACUACAUCCUGUGCGAGCCGAGCCUCCAGGACCAAGUAAUCGCAGAGAUCACCAAGGCCGUGAAGGAGUUUUACACGGAAAACCCACAGACCUGCCCUGACUAUGGACGCAUCAUCAACCAGCGACACUUCAAGAGGAUCAUGGCUCUCAUAGACGACAGUACGGUGGCCCUGGGGGGACAAAACGAGGAGGCAGACUGCUUUAUCGCCCCCACGGUGCUGCGGGACGUGAAGCCUGAAGCCAAAGUGAUGCAGGAGGAGAUCUUCGGCCCCGUUCUCCCCAUCGUCCCCGUCAGCGGUUUGGACGACGCCAUCAAAUUCAUCAACAAAGGAGAAAAACCUCUGGCUCUUUACGUGUUCACGCCUGACGACAAGGUGGUGCAGAAGAUGAUCGCAGAGACGUCAAGUGGCGCGAUUCUGGCCAACGACUGUCUGGUCCAUUACUCCAUCAGCACUCUGCCGUUCGGAGGAGUCGGUAACAGUGGCAUGGGCUGCUAUCACGGCAAAUUCUCGUUCGAUCAGCUGAGCCACCUGCGCAGCUGCCUCAUCAAGAAGCUGAACAUGGAGGGAGUGAACGCCAUGCGCUACCCGCCGCACACGCCCACCAAGCUGAGCCGCGCACGCUUCUUCAUCCUCAAAGCUGCAAACCUGGGCUGGAUCGGACGCAUGAUGAUGAUCGCCACUCUGGUCGUGGUGGCGGCGGUGGUGGUUCAGAAUUACCUGCUCUGA